CUGGCGGAGUAUCUACUCGUCCAGUGUUCCUGCUAUCGCAGGCUGUUAAUAGCUCAGAACUUCACGGACAGUGAAAUCGUCAACGAUGUGGAAAACAGUACGGUGAAGCUCAUCGAUCCUUCGAUAUUUAUAACGGUUCGAUUAGAUGAUUGGCGUGAUGAACAUAACAAUAAGGCGAUUAUGUGGUCACGUGAAUCGAAAUAUCAUCCGGAUUUUGGCAAGCAAUAUUCCAAAACAGCAUUCCAAAGGACACAAGCGAGUUCACGUCGAUUCUCGAUUAUCAUUCUGGGAAUAGCCAUUAUUUUCGUUAUUUAUAUCUAUUUCUACAACGUGGCACAGGAACGAAAACUGCAGCGACACUCCAAACUUCUUCGAGCGCAAACCGAAUUCACUCGAAGGUACAGUCAUUUCAUUUUAUGGCGCUGA